AUGCUUUCCCGUGCCAGCAGCGACAUUGAAGCUCGUCUCCGCCGCUCCAAGUCCGCCUCGACCGUCCAUAAGCGUCCCAACUCCACGGUUGAGCCCACAGAUAUGGAGGCCGUCAGGCAGCAGGCAGUAGCAGCUGCUACAGCAGCAUAUGUACGGGCACAUGCCCAAGAUGUGACCGGACGUACCACCAGACCGAGCUCUAAUCUAGUGAGAUCCAAGAGCAACGCCAGCCGCAAAUCUUUCACAUCCCAAGGCAACCAUUUUCCCCCUCGUGGUUCCAGCUUUCGAUCGAUGCAAGCACCAAAAGUCGAACAGAGUAGAGGCAGUCGGCUCCAGUCACAAACGUUGAUAUCAACUGCAGAGCAGGCCAAGGGACAACCUCCAAUUUUGUAUUCAACACCAACUAUCGGCGGAUCAGCGUCGGUACCACGACAGUUCCCAGCGCAGCCUUCAAGGACUUCUAGUGAGAAAGCCAGACCUAGCUCUCAACAGAAAACGUUUCGCCCAAGCACUGCGUCCUCGAUGACCUCGCAACAGAUCCGAAAGGCACGCUCCAUGUACUAUGCAAGCAUUGUCCAGACAGGAUCGCCAAUAGGAAGGCCACCAGCGGAGUACUUGAACACACCCGCAUCGGCCAAUGAAACUUCGGUUUCAGAGCCUCCGUCUUCGCGUCCACAAGCACGAGCGCUCCGGAGUUCACCCCUAGCAGAGCCGCGCAUACCCGUCACUGUCGCGCCUGGCGUGACCCUUGACGAGGCGCGGGACGAAUACCUACAUGAAUUUCAACAAAAGUCGGUUAAACACAAGCCAUCUAUAUUCCUAGCACCUUUCAAGAAGAGACAAGAGAAAAGCAACGAUAGUGCGAAGAGCACAUCAGAAACGCGUGCUCUCUCCCGGUCGAAGGAGCACACAGCAGAUGAACCAACGAAUAACAACACCCUUAGUGAUUUCCUGCCACCGCAAGAACCAAAAGAGAAACGUUCCUUUUCUGGCUCAUUAAAGCAUAGAAUUAGGAAAGUUUUCAGAAGGACGUCAGGUAAGCGGAAUGAUCUUCCUGUGCAACAGAUCGAAGCCAGCCGCGACUACUUUGAUGUUUCCCACUUCAGCCCUCCCAGCGCUGGGAAUACAAACUCCAUACCAUGCCCAGACGAAGCAAUACUACAGCGCGUGCGUGGUCGUACUUCCUCGCUUGACAGCGCUCGUCCUAAUCUCCUCCAAUCUGGGAAUCGAAGCGACAGUACUGGCAGUGGGCGCAGUGCCCAUAGUCUGCACAGCGAAGUCAAUGCUCCGCAGGUUCCAUCUUCCCGAGUGACGAGCUGGGGAACAACUUCAACUGGCGAUACACCAAUGCAACGUACCAUCAAACGCAUGACGGUCAUUCAUGAAUCCAAGGACAGCGUUGGGAGUGAGGUAGAACGCGCCAAUUCCUCGAUAGCGUCGAGGAAAUCAUUGCCUCUUCCACCACUUUCGUCCUUUCGCGAGCCCAUGCCCAUGGAAACUCUUACAGAAGAGAAUUCAACUCACAUUGACCCGAAACGGGUCUUUUCUGCUCUGAUGAGAGAGAUUGGUUCAACUAAAUCGUCUCAUGAAUCGUCAAUACCCACUAGGCAGAUAUCAGGUGCGGAGAGCGAUGCACUUGAAUUGAAUACUGCGAAGCACCAAUCUCAGACACGGAACCUGCAUUCUUCUGGAAGCUGCAGUGUUCGUCCAACCAUCGAUAUUGAUGGGCGACCGCAGUCUCGACGAUCUACAUUGGCUCACAGCGUCCGGAGCAAAACUAGCACACUCAAAUCACUUGGAAGAGCGAUAAGAUCGACCAUCCGUGCCGUGACACCUGUUGGAAACAAUCCUUUGCCCGGGGCUGAAGACAAAAAUCUUGAACGAAACGUGGAACACAUUCGCAAGAAUGAUGUCACACUUCAAUCGAUCACUAUUCCCCAAUGCGAAGAUAGCCAAGAGCGUGACGAUGCCGCGGAAUGGCCUCAUGGUAUCAACACAUUCAUCCCAUCUGCCUCACUGAUCGAGAGGCGCGUGGAGAAAACCAGAGACCGCUGGAUAGCCCAACUUGGAGAGGCUGGAAAUUUUCAAUUUCCACGUGAGACGGAUAAGACUUACGAUGUUACAACGGCUGUUGUCCAACCUCAUAAAACUCCAGAUGCCAGCACUGAGCAUAUUGAGAAAGCAGAAGAUCGUAACCACGCUAUCGUCAACCAAAGUCCUCAACAGCCACAAAUAACUCCGAAAGCCAUCGCCUCACCACAGCCAAAGAUCAUCAUGACACCAAUGUCUCCUAGCAUCUAUUCUCGAAAUACAGAUGGUAUCAGCAUCAAUCAGAACGACAGCAUCAUGUCUUUUGACGGGCCCGGCCAACUAGGGCAGUCCCAGAACGCUGGCUCAGCUGUCAUUUCUACGUCUCAGUCUGUGAGAAGCUAUGUGGUAGGAACUCCAUCACCACAACGUCAAGCGGCAGCCCACACGAGCCGCGACUGGAAGGCUUGGUUGUCACAUGAAAUUUCGGGCAUGGAGUUGAGUAGUCAAGAGGAUCUCUCUAUCAUCGGACAAUAUAACACAUUAUCGAAAGACGAAUCUCCGGACUUUACUCAUACACAAAACAACGAUGUGAACGAAUUCACAUCGAAUACACAUACGAAUGAUCGCAUGUCUCUUAAACUUGAAAACCCAAACAUAUCGCUCCGAGCCAAUGUGGGCGAUGAUAUUGGUGGGGGUACUACAAAUCAUCAAGACUACGAUGGUUUGCCCAAAACUUCAAAUUUCGAUGAUCCCCGGAACAUUUUUGACAUGGGAAUCACCACAAACAGUCAAGUGAACCAAAACCCACUAUUUCAACCAGCCUCUGUAGUAACGAAGCCGCACCCAGUUCCAACGUCUGAGAGUCAUGCAUUGUCUCCCGCGGAUUUUGAGAUGCCUAGGCAGUUUUCGAAAGAUAGUCACCUAACUGUUAUCGAUACUGGUCGAUGUUCCAGUAGUGAUAGCUUGGCUUCCAGAUGCUCGAAGUCGCCGACUGACAGUAUGACUGCACUCAAUUUUCCAAAGUCUUCAAAGUUUCCGCCUAGGCUCGCGUCUCGAUCUACCUUCCCUUUUCCAUGUUCAGAUGAUACAUUUGAACCAAUUUCGAUAACACCACUAAAGAUAAGACGCACACAGCUAAAGGCAAAGGAGAACUUGACACCGCAGACAUAUCGUCGCGAAAAAGAGACCACCCCUCCACCUAGACCAAAUAUGCAGCAAUCGCUAAGUCCAACAACAUUCAAUCGUAGCCCUCCAAAACUCGACCAGCAGAACACAAAAUCACCCGGAUCCGAUCUCAAUCAGUGGCAACCAAUCCCAACUUCACCACCACUCCGCCCGCGCAUCCGCGUCAUCGCGCGACCCAUCUCGCCCGAGAAACUCGCUCGCCGACCAAAAAGCGCAUUCGACCUGCGAUCACCAAACAACUUCGUCAGAAUUCCUGCCGUACACAUCACACCGCCCCCCGCCUCUCCCCCCAAACCCACUAGCCUCUUCGACGCCAACGUUACGAGAAGCGACACUCCAGGCCACCGCAUGGCGGAAAACUUCCUGCGACAACGCAACAGCACGACCGCACUGGGCGGUUGUGCGGGUAAGCAUAGGGGAGGCAUGGUAUUGGUGCGGGAAGAUACGCCGGCGUUUUUGUGA